AUGUCUCAACUCGUUUGGCUUGUAACUGGCUGCUCCUCUGGCUUUGGAUCGGAGUUUGUGCGUCAGAUCCUGUCACGAGGUGAUAAAGUCAUCGCAACAGCCCGAAACAGUGCGAGGAUCGAGUCACUUGCAAGUCAAGGAGCAGCUGUCCUUGAGCUAGAUGUCACGCACUCACAAGGCGACAUUGACCGAAUCAUUGCCCAUGCAAUUACCAUAUAUGGGCACAUUGACGUAUUGGUUAACAAUGCUGGUUUUGUAGCUGCUGGCUCUUGGGAGGAUCUCAGCUAUGAUGAAUUUGUUGCCUCCUUCGAGACCAACGUCUUUGGGCCAAUCAAGGUUACGCGUGCAGUACUUCCGCAUAUGAGAGCCAAGAAAUCGGGAACUAUGGUUUUCAUCAGUUCUUUAUCUGGCUGGGUUGGACACCAGUUUACUGGGGCUUAUGCGGGAUCAAAGUUUGCUCUUGAAGGCCAGUUCCCUAGAUUCUGCGUUGUUGAAAGUCUACAUAAGGAAACCGAGCCUCUGGGUCUUCGCACUCUUCUUAUGGAACCCGGUCGAUUUCGAACGCCUCUACUGUCAGCAGGCCACCUCCGGUCAAAGCAGAGUCAAAUUCCCGAUUAUGAAUUAGCUUCUGAGACUCAUCAUAACCACCUUCAUGGCGGAGACUUGAAGCAGCCUGGAAACCCAGAAAAGUUUGUCAAGAUUGUACUGGACCUGGUCAGACAAGAAGGUUGCGCAGAGGCGAAGAACAUCCCGUUUCGUCUGCCUGUUGGGAGAGAUGCGGUAGAAGAGAUUGGGGCCAAAGCCAGGGAGGUAAUGGAGACAUUGCAGGAUUGGGAUUCUAUUAUAACAGAAACUGAGUAUUAG